AUGUCUGUUGAUGCAAAUAAAGUAAAAUUCUUCUUUGGUAAAAACUGCACUGGUGAAUCAUUUGAAUACAACAAAGGUGAAACUGUAAGAUUCAACAAUGGUGAUAAAUGGAAUGAUAAAUUCAUGUCAUGUUUGGUUGGUUCAAAUGUUAGAUGUAACAUUUGGGAGCAUAAUGAAAUUGAUACUCCAACUCCAGGAAAAUUCCAAGAAUUGGCUCAAGGCAGUACAAACAAUGAUUUAACCUCAAUAAAUGGUCUUUCAAAGUUCCAAGUCUUACCAGGAGCUUUUCAAUGGGCAGUUGAUGUUAAAAUUGUCAACAAAGUUAAUUCAACUGCUGGUUCAUAUGAAAUGACCAUUACUCCAUACCAAGUUGAUAAGGUUGCUUGCAAAGAUGGUGAUGACUUUGUUCAAUUGCCAAUUCCAAAACUUACUCCACCAGAUUCUGAAAUUGUUAGCCAUUUAACAGUUCGUCAAACACAUACACCAUAUGACUAUGUUGUAAAUGGAAGUGUUUACUUUAAAUACUCCCCAACAACUGGCCAAGUUACAGUUAUUAAAAAAGAUGAGACAUUCCCAAAGAAUAUGACUGUUACACAAGAUGAUAAUACAUCUUUCAUCUUUAACUUAAACUCUGAAAAAUAA